ACUCCCCUGGACAGAAUGAUGUGAGCUCAGAAAGCAAUCCUGUCAGGAAUGAGGAUGUACCCCUGGAUGGCUCACCCAGUCAUAAGGAGAAGCUGAACUCAGGUGCUUGGGCUUUGACUCCUAUCCCUCCCUCACCUGCCUUUUUGGGUUAUGAUGGAAAAGAUGAUGUGAGUACUAUUCCUCGUUUGUCAGACUAUGUGGCAUGGCCUAAUAUGCCCCGGGUUGUUGAGCUGGAGGAGGGAUCGAAGGAAGGUAGCGAGACUCGCAGUCUAUAUAUUGUUGAGUCUCCUACUGGAUCUCCUAUCCAUGAAAAGCUGCAUGUGUCUCCUGGACCUGAGGGUUGCAAUCAAUAUCAAAAGCUCACUAGGGUGGAUGAGAGGGCUAUGGAUCGCAUGAAGAAGCGCAACUUUGAAGGUCUUCUGAAAGGGAUUGAUAAGGAAAGAGUCCAGGCUGGAGUGCAGAAGAUGGUGCGCGUGGCUGCGUCUUUGGCGGACCGUUCUACUCCCAGGGGUAGGCUCAUGCUGGGGAAUGGCGCGGGAGCUUGAAGCUGUUCUGGUCAGUAGUCUGUGAUGUAUUUGAUCUCACUGGGGUUUGAUGCCCGCUGAGAUGUCUA